UGUAUAGGCAUUCGCAGAGAGGGUGGCUUCUCAAGAGGAUGCCCAGACCCCUCUUGGUCUCUGAAGACACCUGAAAGUGACCUCUGAACUGGUCAAUCCUUGAGAAUGUAGCUGUUCUUGGAGUAAAAGUUUCCACGGCAUGGAUUCUGGCUGUGGAGGAGUGGAAUCAGGCAAACGUUUUGAGGCUAAUGCACGUCAAGCAGGCACCUGGGCUGGCAAAGUGCCUCCAAGUUCUAGACUCUCUAUGGAGAUGAGGGAGCAUCGAUGCAGGUUCUGACGGUAUGUCCACACUCCGCUUGGAUACUGUUACAGGGAUUUGUGUUGUGAUAAAGUUCUAUGAUUGGUCACUCUUUGGGAAUGUGUUCUUGGACGGCUCCUGGCAGUAACGGUGGACGUGCCCCCGUGAGCAGUGCAUGAAGGGGGGCUCUUUCCCCUGGACUCGCUCUCUCAGGAGGAAUGGUGUCCACUGGAGGAUGUGCAGCAAUCGGAAGAUCGUCUGGAGUCUGGUGGCGCUCUCGCUGUUCGAGACGGGCGUUGGAGUGGCCAGCGUUACGCUGGGCGUGUUGGAGCUCCAAGGCGUGGUGCAGCAAACCCAUCUGUCCACCUUCACCCCGAUAUGGAGCGGCGUGUUCUUCCUGCUGUGUGGACUCUGUGGGCUGCUGUGCGCCAAGAAGAGGACUGGACUGACGAUGAUCCUGUUCUCCGCCUGCUGUAUCUGCGGGCUCAUCGGGGGCAUCCUGAACAUUCAGUUCGUGCGAGCGCUGGCCAGGCGGAUGGACGCCCUGCCCUCUCUUCACCUGGCCUCGCUCACGCUGGCCUGCAUCGGGAUCGGGGGCUGCACGCUGUCCACCUGGCUGACCUGCCGGCUGGCCAGCAGCGAGCAGCAGAGGAUGUUUAUGGAGAGGGAACUUUCUCUACACCACUCUGUGGAGAUGGCCGAGAAGGUGAAGAACGUGCACGGCUAAAGCCGUAGAACAAGACGUUCUCAGUGUACUGUGUUCCAUAAUGUAAAUAGAAUAUACUGGAAUAUAUUUUCAAUUUAUUGAAUUUUUGUAUGGGAAGCCGUGGAUCAGGGAGUCCUAAGGUAGUUUGGACCUGCUGGCAGAGAAAGACCCAAAUGCAAAUAAUGAAUGAAAGCAGAGCAAAAGCUUAGCAUUAUAAAGAGAACGUAGUGCUGACUGGUGGGUCUUGGCCACAGAUAUACAUACCUAGAUGCCGCGUUGGGUCCACCAAUUUGGGCCGGUCAACGUCGCUGCUGGACUGCAUUCAGUGUCAUUACAGAGCGGCAGCUUCAGAAAGAUACUGUCCACAAUUCCACUAUUUCAGGAAUAUCGCUCUCAGAAAGCGGGAUAGGAUUAUAUAACGGAGGGAACGCAGUGACCCCCACUCAUGCCUGUGUGAUGUUUAUGUGUAGAUAUGGCCGUGUGGUCAGUGAGGCCCAGAGAACCUGUUGGUGGGAUUGUUUUUCCUCUGGUUUUAUAUGAAGCUUAUUUCUUUUAAUGGUCUAUUCAGGGGGUCUUAAUUUUAUGUGCUAGUUAUUUAUUUACAGUGAUGGUUAAAUUAAUUAAUCUGUGUAGAUGUUCAGAAUAGAUUAACCUUCUUACACUGAGCUCAAGCUGGCUUCUUAUUUCCCAGCUUCUUGUUCGAAUUUUCCUGUUCCACCUUAAACGGUGCAUCAGCCAGUGUCUUGUUCGAAUU